AUGGCGGAUCAGGGGAUUAAUGGGAUGUUGCAGCAGUCCCUGGACGCCCUCCCCCUCCCCGAACGAGCCGCGAUAACCUCCCUCUGGUCCACCUUUUCCUCCUCCCCACACCCCAAACGCAAGAUCAUCCUAGAAGGAAUCCUCACCAUGUGCUGUUUCUCACAACUAUCCCACUUGUCAGAAUCACUCUCCCAGAUCAUCCGCGUAGAUCCGUUUUCGCUCUUUCCGAAAGAGGUCUCGUUGAAGGUGCUUGGGUUCUUGGAUGCGAUCUCUUUGGGGAAGGCGGCUCAAGUUAGUCGAGGGUGGAGAGAGUUGGCGGACGAUGAUCUGCUUUGGAGACGCAUGUGUGGACAACAUAUCGAGAGGAAGUGUACGAGGUGUGGGUGGGGGUUGCCUUUGUUGGAGAGGAGGAGGUUGAGGAUGGAAGAACAGGGCAAGGAUCAACUCCAUCACCAGCACCAGCAGUCAGGGGAGCAGCAUGGUCAGCAUGAUGGGCAUGGGCAUCAUGAGCAUUCGAUGUUGGAACUACGGCCGAUUGCCAAUCCGCUCGGAUCGGGGUCCAACCCGGCCUCGGAAUCCCGUGGUGAGAAACGUCCAGCCGUCCACAACCCGGAGACACGGGAAGAUACUGGAUCGAGCACCUCCGCUCUCGUCACCCUGCCUUCGGUGAAACGAAGACGGGUCGACGCGGACGAGUGUUCAGGGUCGAUGAACCGGAUGGAGACGAGUUCGGAUAGCGAGGUCAGCGAGUUCGGAAGUCGGGCGGGAAUGGUAGAGGUGCCUUCAGCGAGCGGUCGGAUUAUGGUCGCAAGCACUUCGAAUUCAAAGGCGAUGGCGGUGCCGACGACGAACACGUUACCGGGGAUGACCACCCGUUCAGGGUCAACCUUGAGCGUCCCCCUCCCUUCCCCUCGCCCGGCUCGACGGAAACCUUGGAAACACGUCUACUGCGAACGGCUCAUGGUCGAACGGAACUGGCGUAAAGGUCGGCCGGUCGAACGUAUCCUCAAGGGACAUACCAACGGGGUCAUGUGUCUUCAAGUUCAGCACAACCUGUCCACCCCGUCUUACCCCGUUUUGAUCACGGGUUCGUACGACAAGACGAUCAAGGUCUGGAACUUGGAUACCGGCGAGGUCGUACGGACGCUCCUUGGGCAUACGAGGUCGGUCAGGGCGUUGCAGUUUGAUCAGGCCAUGCUCGUGACGGGGAGUUCGGACAAGACGUUGCGUGUGUGGAAUUGGAGGACGGGAGAGUGUUUGAGGGUGUUGGAAGGGCAUACGCAGGGGGUCAGUUGUUUGCACUACGAUCGAAACACGUUGGCCAGCGGCAGUGCGGAUUCGACCAUCAAGAUCUGGAACAUGAAAACAGGGGGCUGCUUCGUCCUGCGGGGACAUACCGACAUGGUCAACUCGGUCUUGCUCUGGGAUGGCACGACAUCUCCGGCCGAUCGAGCGUUCAACAGUAUCGUCGACCACAACGUCCACACCGCUUCGCCGCUGGCUGCCGAGUCGGCGGCCAAGUUCAUCUUUUCCGCCAGCGAUGAUGGGACGGUCAAGAUGUGGGACUUGGCAUCCAAGACGUGUCUUCGUACCUACACCGGGCAUACGGGGCAGAUACAGAGUAUCCGCCUGUUGGUCGUCGACAAGGAAGCCGAAGCCGAGGGGUCCGACGACGAGGCUAGGUCCGGCAUUCACGGUCGGUCCUUAUCGCACGUGGACGAGGGGUACAACGGACCGCUCGACAAUGCCCAGUCCGGACCCAUCUCCUGCUCGGCGCCGUUCGCACCCUUCCAUCGGGAUAGCCACCGACGUUCUCAGGACCAGGCUGAUGGUUCUGCGCCAACAUCUGAACGGCCCGCUCUCUUGACCACCCUGCCGGACGACAAGCAGGCGAUACUUGUCUCUGGUGCUCUGGACAAUACGGUCAAGGUCUGGGACGUCGAAACGGCCACCGAGAAGAGUACCCUAUUUGGCCACAUCGAAGGGGUCUGGGCCGUGGAUAUCGAUUCGCUGAGAUUGGCAUCAGCUUCACAUGACCGAACCAUCAAGAUUUGGGAUCGUGAAUCCGGUAGAUGCGCGCGGACGCUGGUCGGCCAUCGUGGAGCUGUCACCAGUCUCCAAUUAUCCGACGACAUGAUCGUCUCUGGCUCGGACGACGGUGAAGUCCGGGUCUGGAGUUUCGCUCCAACCUCUGCUCUGCCGCCAGGUCUCUCUUCAUACGCAACAACCUCAGCACUGCCGACAACUCAAACGGUUCGACCAUAA